UGCAAGCGGAAGUUGACCAAUAUCCGCCGGGAGUUUCUUCCGCGUCGGGCGGCGUUGACAACAUGAAGCAAAAACGUAAAGGAGAUCUCAGUUCUGCUGAGCUGAUGAUACUGACCAUAGGUGAUGUUAUUAAACAACUGAUUGAAGCCCAUGAACAGGGGAAAGAUAUCGAUCUAAAUAAAGUGAAAACCAGAACAGCUGCCAAGUAUGGCCUUUCAGACCAGCCUCGACUGGUGGAUAUCAUUGCUGCGGUCCCACCUCAGUAUCGUAAAAUCUUGGUGCCCAAGUUAAAAGCAAAGCCAAUCAGAACUGCCAGUGGGAUUGCUGUUGUGGCUGUGAUGUGCAAACCCCACAGAUGUCCACAUAUUAAUUUUACAGGAAAUAUAUGUGUUUACUGUCCUGGUGGACCUGACUCAGAUUUUGAGUAUUCAACGCAGUCUUAUACUGGAUAUGAGCCAACUUCCAUGCGAGCUAUCCGUGCCAGAUAUGACCCUUUUCUUCAGACAAGGCACCGAAUAGACCAGUUGAAACAACUGGGUCACAGUGUGGAUAAGGUAGAGUUCAUCGUGAUGGGUGGAACAUUUAUGGCCCUCUCAGAAGAGUACAGAGAUUAUUUUAUCCGAAAUUUGCAUGAUGCCUUAUCUGGACAUACUUCCAACAAUGUAUCUGAAGCAGUCAGAUACUCUGAAAGAAGCCUCACAAAAUGCAUUGGGAUCACCAUUGAGACACGACCAGAUUAUUGCCUGAAGAAGCAUUUGAGUGAUAUGUUAUCUUAUGGCUGUACAAGACUGGAGAUUGGAGUGCAAAGUGUUUAUGAAGAUGUAGCCAGAGAUACCAACAGGGGCCACACAGUAAAGGCAGUGUGUGAAUCAUUCCAUCUGGCUAAGGAUGCAGGUUUCAAAGUUGUGGCACAUAUGAUGCCAGAUUUGCCAAAUGUGGGACUAGAAAGAGACAUUGAACAGUUCACAGAGUUUUUUGAGAAUCCUGCCUUCCGCCCUGAUGGUAUGAAACUCUACCCUACACUGGUGAUACGUGGAACUGGUCUUUAUGAGCUUUGGAAAUCAGGAAGAUAUAAGAGUUAUUCUCCUAGUUGCCUUGUAGAAUUAGUAGCUCGAAUAUUGGCUCUCGUACCACCAUGGACACGAGUGUACCGAGUGCAGAGAGAUAUACCAAUGCCUUUAGUCAGCUCAGGAGUGGAGCAUGGGAAUUUGAGGGAGCUAGCAUUUGCAAGAAUGAAAGACCUUGGGAUACAGUGCCGUGAUGUGAGAACCAGAGAGGUUGGAAUCCAGGAAAUUCAUCAUAAAGUGAGGCCGUACCAGGUUGAAUUAGUUAGGAGAGAUUACGUGGCAAAUGGUGGCUGGGAGACCUUUCUUUCGUAUGAAGACCCUGAGCAGGACAUUUUGAUUGGCCUUUUGCGUUUGCGGAAGUGUUCAGAGGAAUCAUUUCGUCCCGAAUUGAAAGGAGGUGUUUCCAUAGUCCGAGAACUACACGUAUAUGGGAGUGUAGUUCCUGUGAGCAGUCGUGACCCUGCAAAAUUUCAGCAUCAGGGAUUUGGCAUGCUACUCAUGGAAGAGGCAGAAAGGAUAGCUAAACAAGAGCAUGGAGCUCGGAAAAUUGCUGUCAUUUCAGGAGUUGGCACCAGGAAUUAUUACAGAAAGAUUGGCUAUGUAUUAGAAGGACCUUACAUGGUAAAGGAGUUGAACUAACAUUCGUCUUUAUCCAGGACCCUUUAUAUGGCAAGAAGCAGAGACUUCGUUUAUAGUGAUAAGGAAGAAGGCGUGGGACAAACAAGGAUAAUGAAACCAAGGAGGAGUUUUUUCCCUCAUUCUAAAAGAACAAUGGAUUUGGUAAUAAAGGUCCAUUUUAGAAACCCUGACUCAGAAACUUUUUUGAAAAUCUGCUCAGACCCUCAGCCCAUGACAUAGAACACCUGCACAGAGCACAUGCCUUCACCUUUGGGGCUGUUGUACUUCUGUGGCAAGAGUUACUUAACUGAACUAUUUCUGUUUAUCAGGAAAGCUUCGGUUUUCAUCGGAGAAUGAGAAUUGUUUUUCUUCUAAAUCUGCUCUGACAUUGACUCUUCAUGUAUGUUUUCUUUUGAAUACUGCACUGCUACCUUGGUUUGGACUGGUCUAGACCAGUGGACUCCAAAUUUUUUUGAUCUCAUAUCUCAGAAAAAAAUUCUUGAGUAUAUACUCCAACUUUUUUUUGUUGUUGUUCAGUCAUUUUUCAGCCGAGUCUGACUCUUCAUGACCCCAUGUGAGGUUUUCUUGGCAGAGAUACAGGAAUGGUUUGCUAUUUCCUUCUCCGGGUCAUUUUACAGAUGAGGAAACUGAGGCAAACAGGGUCAAGUGAUGUGCCCAAGUCACACAGCAAGCGUCUGAGGCUGGAUCUGAACUCAGGUCUUACGGACUCUAAGCCCAGCACUACCUCCACUGUGCCACCUAGCUACCCCCAACACUCCUACUACAUUGUAUUUAUUUACUUAUAAAUUAUAUACCUAUGAUUUACAAAAAAAUACACAUUUUAAAAGGAUGAGAUCUGUGGUCCAGGUAAACUUGCCUCCCUGUUCCUUAUCCACAGCCACCCACAUUUGGAAUUCCUGUCUCUCUGCCUUUACAUUGGCCAUCCCCAGUGUCUGAAAAUACACUCUGUCCACACCUCACGGAAUCCUUUCCUUCAAGUCAAAACUAAAACACCACCUUCUGCACAAAGCCUUUUUGCUAGUAUCCUCUUCCCCCUACCUAAGAACUUUCUAUUUUCUUGGUUUAUUGUGUAUAUGUUUAUAUGUGUACAUUUGGUCCCCUUCUUUCCCAUCCCCCACCCCAAGAAUGUAAGCUCCUUGAGAGUAAGAAUUCUUUUUUUUUCCCUUUAGGUCUUUAUAUUCUCAGUACCUAUUACACAGUAAGUGCUUAAUAAAUGCUUGUUGAUUG